CACGCAUUUACGCCGUGGAGACAAAAACAAAACAAAACAUGAAAACACUGUGGAGAAAUCAAGUAUUCAAGUAAGGCCGGACUAACGGCUGGCAACGUAAAAUGGCCACCGGUGGCUCCACUUUUCGCUCCGGCGACCAAACGGCUCUUGUGGUCCAUUCAUAAUCCGACGAGAUUCCUUUGUUAGCAACACAUCGCUAAACAGAUGUCAAGUGUGCGUGUGUGCGCGCAAAGUGUUGCCAUCAUCGUGUGAAAAUGUGUGCAAGAACAACGACAGAAUUCGUGGAAAACCUUUGUGGGACAAAAGAGAAGAACGUGCGACAACGUCAACUACUGGACGCUGUUUUCAAGCAGCCUCGUCUUGUGUUACACAGGGCAGACGUCAGUGAAAAAUAUCUUCAUCCUGAGCGACAGGAGCCACUGACCACUCACGUUAAAGUGGACAACAAUGAAGGGGGGUUACAAUGCCCAUAUAUUAAAGAGGAAGAGGCGCCAGAGCACCACAACAUAAAAGAGGAAGUGGAGCCAGAGACCCGUAACAUCAAAGAGGAGGAGCCAGACUCCCCCAACAUCAAAGAGGAGGAGCCAGAGCCCCAUUACAUUAAAGGGGUAGAGGAGGAUGAGCUCACCCAGUUUCCUUUGACUGGUUUCCCUUUGAAGGGUGAAGAGGAUGAAGACAAAGGUCAAAGUGAGGAGAGCAGAAACGCGGCGCCUCCAAGCAGCAGCUCAAGUCAACACAUUACAGCUGGAGACCACUGUCAGGGACUCCAAGGAGACAGCCUCGUUGUACUCUCAUUAGAUAGUAAUGAUGUUAUGACACACUCUCAUGAUGAUGAUGGCCAGGGGCAUUGUAAAGAUGGUAAGACAUGUCACACUGACAACAAUCGCUGGAGAUGUUGUCAUUGUUUCAAAACGUUUGUCUACAAGUCCGUUUUGAAAAAGCACAUGAUGAUCCACACUGGCGAGAAACCUUUUGGAUGCUCAGUUUGUGGAAAAAGGUUCACUCGGAAUGGACAUUUGAGAGCGCACACAAAAACACACACUGGGGAGAAACCUUUUUCCUGCUUAGUUUGUUGUAAAACAUUUUCUCAAGAGGGACACUUGGGAAUACAUGCAAGAACACACACUGGUGAGAAACCAUUUGAAUGUUCAGUUUGCGGUCAGAGAUUCUCGGUCAGCGGCAACUUAAAAAAACACACAGCAACACAUACUGGGGAGAAACCUUUUGCCUGCUCAGUUUGUGGUCAAAGAUUCUCUGUGAGGGAAUACUUAACGACACACAAAAGAACACACACUGGGGAGAAACGUUUUACCUGCUCUGUUUGUGGUAAAAGCUUCUGCGUGAAGGUACUUUUGGAAGAACAUACAAGAAUACACACUGGAGAGAAACCUUUUGCCUGCCCAAUUUGUGGUAAAAGCUUUGCGACAAAGGCAAAUUUUGGAACACACACAAGAACACACACUGGAGAGAAACCUUUUACCUGCUCAGUUUGUGGUCAAAAAUUCUCUUUAAGGGGAAACUUAAGAACACACGCCAGAACACACACUGGGGAGAAACCAUUCAGUUGUAGUGUGUGUCAUAAAAGCUUCUCGAGUAAACAAAAUAUUAAGAAACACAAGUGUACUGGUGAGAUUAGCAACGAUCAAUGAAGCUUUAAAUAGACUGUGAAGAAACUGCCUUGAUGGAGGUGUCAGAGAGUCUGUGGAUGUCCCCCGCCCCCCUGCCCGAAGACAACUCGGAUAGGCUACGGCACGCCCGCGACUCCCGUGAGGAUAAAACAGAUUAGAAAAUGUAUGGAUGGAUGUACCUAAAAAUCAGGUUAAUAGCAUAUGUAUUGUAGCUGCUGGGGUACUAAUGGCAAUACAGGUACUAGUUUUUUUUUAAAGGCCGAACGAAUUUGUCGUGCAUGAGGCUUAGCAACUUUUUAGUAAUCUGUAGUAAAGAAAUGAUAUUAGUCUCCUUUGGGGGUCGACAAUAUGCCUGCUUUUUACUAUCCAAGAUAAAUCUUAAAACAGCAUGAUUGAUUCACAAACCACAGUAAAAUAACCCCAGGAUAGACUACAAUUUGUGGGAGGACUCGAAUUUGCUGCUCCCUGCUGGCCAAAUCACUCCCCAGAACGAGCUGUAGCAACCUAAACGUGAUGCACAAUUUCAUUCUCUACAUUGUACUUAGAUAUGUCAUCGCUAUAUGUAUUUAGAAAGUACAUUAUAGAGUGAGUUAAAAGCUUUAUUAUAGAACAAUUAAAACUCACGACUCAAGGCACCACUGUUGACAUUUAAAAAAAAAACCCACAAAAGCUAAAGCAUACUCUUUAAUAGUAAUA